GCUCCGCCGGACGCGAUGGCCCAGCCCUACCCCCCAGCCCAGUACCCCCCGCCCCCCCAGAACGGGAUCCCCGCAGAGUACGCCCCGCCGCACCCGCACCCCACGCAGGACUACUCGGGGCAGAGCACGGUACCGGAGCACGCCAUGAGCCUCUACACACCAGCACAGAGCCACAGCGAGCAGCCCGGCAGCGAGGCCAGCACACAGUCCAUAGCAGGGACACAGACGGUACCGCAGACAGACGAGGCGGCACAGACAGACAGCCAGCAGCUACACUCCUCAGACACCACAGACAAGCAGCAGCCCAAGAGGUUACACGUCUCCAACAUUCCCUUCCGAUUCCGGGACCCCGACCUGCGGCAAAUGUUUGGGCAAUUCGGGAAAAUUCUGGAUGUGGAGAUCAUUUUCAAUGAGCGGGGCUCCAAGGGUUUUGGGUUUGUAACUUUUGAAACUAGCACAGAUGCCGACCGGGCACGGGAGAAGCUGAAUGGCACCAUCGUAGAGGGCCGGAAGAUUGAGGUGAACAACGCCACGGCCCGGGUCAUGACCAACAAGAAGGUGGCCAACCCCUACACCAACGGCUGGAAGCUGAACCCAGUGGUGGGAGCAGUCUACGGCCCCGAAUUCUACGCAGUAACGGGGUUCCCGUACCCCGCCACGGGGACGGCCGUGGCGUACCGAGGGGCGCACCUGCGGGGCCGAGGCCGUGCCGUGUACAACACCUUCCGAGCCGCGCCGCCGCCGCCGCCCAUCCCCACCUACGGCGCGGUCGUCUACCAGGAUGGGUUCUACGGAGCUGAGAUCUACGGGGGCUAUGCUGCCUACAGGUACGCCCAGCCCGCAGCAGCAGCGGCCGCAUACAGUGACAGCUAUGGCAGAGUGUACGCAGCUGCAGACCCCUACCACCACACCAUCGGCCCCGCCGCCACCUACAGCAUCGGCACCAUGGCUAGUCUAUACCGAGGAGGGUACAGCCGCUUCACUCCCUACUAGCAAGACAGACCCAGCCCCCCCACCACUGCCCCCGAUGCUCACUAGCACCAAACCCAAGCAGGCAGACAGAGCCGAGGCCGAGCCUGCGGAGGAGCCGCGGGUGCUGCCCGGGUGGCCGGGGCUGGCGCCGGGCUCUGUGGGGCCACUGCACCCCACACCCAUAGGGUUACCUCGUCCUGCCGCCUCUCCUGCUCCAUCCGCCCGCCCCGGGGACCGCGGGGAGCGGGGCCAGCCCCGGCAGCACCCCGUUCCCACUGCCCUGGCUGGGUGCAGAGGGCUCAUCCCCCGGGGAUGCUCAGCCUGCAGGGAUGCUCACUGCAGGCACUGGGGUGACAGCAGCCCCCCCGAGCAGCCCCUCUGCCCCUGUAGGAGAGAGAGGAGCCAGCGGGGUGCUGCCAGCCGUGGGCAGUGGCGAGGCUGGGUGGGUUCAGGAUCCCGGGGCUGGGUGUGAUGGGAUGGGCUGGGCUGGCUGCGUGGGGCUCACUGGGCUGGGACAGUGGCUGUGUGCCCCUGGCCAGCAGCUCGGUCUCAGUGCUCCAGCGAAAGACCUGCCUCUCUUGUUUCUGUUGUAGUGAAUCCGUGGCUGUUUCCUUCUGGGACCAGGAAGGGCAAAAAUAAUCCACACACACACACA